GCGAGAAUUUGGAGUUACUUCUUACACGGUUUGCUUAGCAUUUGAACAACUAAGCAUUUUCGCGAAACGUACAAGCAUCAUGACUUUCGAUGUGAGGAGGUUCGAUAUCUACAGGAAAGUGCCCAAAGACCUGACCCAGCCAACCUACACUGGAGCCUUCAUCUCCAUCUGUUGCUGUGUCUUCAUGCUUUUCCUGUUCCUCUCUGAGCUGACUGGAUUCAUAACUACAGAAAUAGUAAAUGAACUGUACGUGGAUGACCCAGAUAAGGACAGUGGGGGGAAGAUAGAUGUGAGUUUAAACAUCAGUUUGCCAAACUUACACUGUGAUUUGGUGGGACUGGACAUACAGGAUGAGAUGGGAAGGCAUGAGGUCGGCCACAUAGACAACUCCAUGAAGAUACCUCUGAACAAUGGCUAUGGCUGCCGUUUUGAGGGAGAGUUCAGCAUCAAUAAAGUACCUGGAAACUUCCAUGUUUCAACUCAUGGUGCCACUGCCCAACCACAGAACCCAGACAUGACCCAUGUUAUUCAUAAGCUUGCCUUUGGAGACAAGCUACAGGUAGAGCUUGUCCAAGGAGCCUUCAAUGCCUUGGGUGGUGCAAAUAGACUCCAGUCAAAUGCUUUGGCCUCCCAUGACUACAUACUCAAGAUUGUCCCCACAGUCUAUGAGGACCUGGGGGGAAAGCAGAGGUUUUCCUACCAGUACACAGUGGCCAACAAGGAAUACGUAGCUUACAGUCACACAGGUCGUAUAAUCCCAGCUAUUUGGUUUCGCUAUGACCUGAGUCCUAUCACAGUCAAAUACACAGAAAGAAGACAGCCCCUCUAUCGCUUCAUCACAACGAUCUGUGCUAUCAUUGGUGGGACCUUCACAGUGGCUGGCAUUAUUGACUCCUGCAUAUUCACUGCCUCUGAGGCCUGGAAGAAGAUCCAGCUGGGAAAGAUGUCAUGAGACUUGCUCCUGUAUCACUCUUCUAUUCACCAGAAAUGUUAUUUAUAGCGUGAAAACUCUUUCUCCACUCUCCAUCCCUGUGAUCGUAUAGAACCUUCUCAGAAAUGUAUGUUCAUACCCAUCUCAUUCUCAUGAGCUUAAGUUGAUCACUUGAUGAAAUUACCCAGUUGAUAAUGGAUGUCACAUUAUUACUUGUUCCAGAGAAUACUUUUGUGCCAAUGUUGAUGUGUCUUCUUGCUGCCUGGAAAAAUGUGGGCCUUUGUUUCAUGGUGACUGGCACUUUUGUGGGCCACUUUUGUUAUUUUCAAAAGUUUACAGUUUUAGUUGAAAUAGAUUCCUGGUCAUUUCUCUUAACCCAGCACUUCCAAAUGCUGUGUUACAAAUGGAGUGCAAGUGACUGUAAAGCCCUUCAUUCUCUAUCAGUUCAUUCUGUUUAAAUGAUUAAAUAAUUGGUUCAGGUCAAUAAUACGUGCCUUAGAUUAGAAUGGUUUAGGCUAUCAGUGUUUCCAGCUAAAUUAGUCUCAUUUGAAAUCUAAUUUUGAGAGAGGAUUCCCAUUUUAGAGAAUAAUGGAAUGGAAUUAG